GAGGAACAAAUUAGAAUGAAAAACAAAUUAACAAGGAAACUCAAGGCGAGCGACUCCUCUGUGUGCACGGAGUUACAAAACGAGAGGCGAAGCAGGGAGCCGCGACUUGCCUUUCCUACAAACCACCAUCUCCUCCGGUGCCUUGGGACUGCAAGACCAGAUGGGAUUGAAGGGAGUUGUUACAACCGUAACAAAAUAAAUGAAAAAAUAAAAAUACCAAAAUCCAAGAGCCAAAAAGUGGACUGUCUGGCAGGGAGCAGGAAGGGAACAAAAAUGUGGACUGUCUGGCAGGGAGCAGGAAGGGAACAAAAAUGUGGACUGUCUGUGUCACCGGGGACUGGAUUGAGAAACGUUGAUCUAAAGCGUCAGAUUGAUGUUAAGUUUCAAGAUGAAUCACACUAAGAGUAUGACAAUGAGUAGCUGUUUAGAAUACCGCCCUGUUCAGAGCUUGUAGGCGUGCUGUAUUUUGCGUGAGUGAAUGUUGACGUCACAUUUACCUUCACUGAAUACGGCAGCAGUCAUGGACAGGAUGCAUGCAGAUGGUUUGGAGGACUCACCAGCAGGGGGAGCUCUAUCAGACAACAAUGCCGCUUUGCACCAUUGUAUCAGACAGCUGGCCAAAUCCCUCACACUUCGCAAGACGGACAAGAGCUGGGCUUCUGAGUUAGUAAAUGACUUGCGUGGCAAGUUUCUGGAAUACCUGAAGCGUAAUGCCCAUUCCUACCUCCAAAGUGUCACUGUGCUGAACAGCGGGAGCUACUAUGAAAUGGUGAAGAUAGGCGACCCAGAUGAGUUUGACAUGAUGCUUCUGCUACCAACACCCCGACUCAACUGGACAGAGAUUGCUGAGUUAAAUGGGCUGUUCUACAAAGUCUCCCUGACUCACCAGACUCGAGAAAAGAUACGUGCCUUCCUGCUGCAGGAUGCCCGCACCAUCUCGCCUAUUAAAAUCCUGGAGGAGAUACACCACCUGGUCCGCAAAUUCAUUAAAACUUAUGAAGCUCCAGGUGGGAAGCACUACUGGACGCUGAACAGGAAGAAUCCCAAUUCUCCGGCCAUCACCCUGCUGCUGAAGAGUGUCAGAGAGGAGGAUAAGGAGAAGGGAGGUGAGGAGGUGCAGGAGAGCGUAAUGGAGGCAAAGGGCUUGGACACGAGAGAGCAGAUCUCUCUAGAUAUUGUUCCUGCGCUGGAGGUGUCGGAGGCUCAAGGCUGGCCCCCGGCCACGCGCAAGGGCCUCAAGGUGGAGAAGUGGCUGGGGAGUAAGACACGCUGCAACCUCAAGAGUCAAGGGUUCUACUUCGUGGCCAAGAAACCCAAGAAACUCAGGAGGAACCUGAGUCCUGAUUCCCAAGAAAGCUGGAGGAUUUCUUUCUCGCACAUUGAAAAACAGAUCAUAAAGGUCCACGGGAACAACCGGACCUGCUGUGAGAAGAAUGCCCAGAAGUGUUGCCGUAAGCAAUGCCUUAAACUGCUGAAGUACCUUAUCGAGAGGCUGAAGCAGCUCUACCCUAAUGAUCUGAAGCCCCUCUGCUCAUACCACGCCAAGACGGUCUUCCUGCACACACUCUCUGAUAGGGCUGAGGAUCAAAAAUGGGCCCAGAAGCUGCUGCCUGAAUGUUUCCUGCUGCUCUUGGAGAACCUGCAGAAGCACGUGCAUGCCGCCUCGCUGCCACACUUUUUUGUCCCAGACCACAACCUUUUCGCCCCACCCGACUUCCCGCGCCGCUGCCUGCAGUUCCUGCAGAAGACACUGGAAGACCAGCGUGCGCAGGGCUACCCCCUUCUGAGGGAGGCCCAUCCCGUCGAGACCCUUCGCACAACUGACGUCAUGACCCCGAAAGACCCAAUGUCACUAGCAUGUCCUCCAAGUGACAGUCCAGUAAAAAAGGCAAUGGUGAUAUGUUUGGCCUUUUUCUUCAUCAUGUUUCUGUACAAAAAGUUGUAGGUAGGCACCUUGGCAUGUUAUACAUGAGUGGUACUACAGAAUUCCCCACCCUGUAUGUGUAUGUUGAAGACAUCAAUUACUCUUCUUUUGAAAUAGAUUUUGUGUGUGUUCGUCUGUAUUUGUGAUUAGUGUAUUUUCACAUGUGUGAGAUAAUACAUGCUUAACGCAGCAGGAAUUGGAAUAUCCCAGCAUGCUCUGCAGGUGACUGUAAAUAGCCCGUGCUGUAUUGUUACUGUCAGUGCUUGUAAUUCCUGAUUGUGCUGUGUGUGUUUACCUGUGUCUUAUGUGAACCCAGUCUAACCCUCACGUGUCUCUAGCCCGUUGUAUAAUUAUCCACCAUGUCUGUGCCUUACUGUCCGGCAUCUGAUCUCCUUGCUUUUCCCCAUUACUUUGGCCUCAGUGCUCCUUCAGUGCUUGUCAUGGUCAUUUUAAGGACUUAAUAAAAGCUUUCUCAUCUUUCACCACCA